UUGCAGUCGAUCAAUACGUACUUGGCUUGUAAUAAAAAUAAUUACUAUAACGGAUGCGAUGAUGUUGUUAUGGAGAAAAACGAUGGACUGUGUUAUUAGCCGCAGCAAUUGAGGAUUGAUGCCAAAUGUGACGGUGGGGAUGUGGGCUUUGGUUGAUCUAUACGCUUUACUCUUGUGGCUGGUAGUAACGUAUGGAAAGCCAUUUCAAAUGGAUAUCUUCGGACUUGCCGUGUUUAAUGUUUCACGUGUACGGGUUUUUUUCUUUAUGUGUUCUCUAAGACCAUUGGAGCCGACAAGUCAUCUAAUUUGAUGGUAUUUGAUGUCCAAUAAAUAUAAUAGUAAAUAUUAACAUCGCUAUUCAAUCAAAUGAACGACAAAAAUACGAUUAACACUAAGAUAAGGACACAAACGGUCGAUUAGCGUGAGAUUAGAUGCAGUUUUCGGUUUGCUGGGCGGUAUGGCUCCGCCAGGUACGUCGUCAGUGUUACGGUCUCGACGUCGUGAUGCAUCCCUCAAGCCCAACCGUUCUUUGGACCGCACCUCUUCUAGGGGUAUGUUGUACGAAAACGAAGAACUCCGUUUACGCACAAUCAAUAUCAACGCAGAGGUAGAAAAAGGCCAGUAUUACAUAAAAAAACUUCGCCGAGAAAAUCAACAACUAAAAAAAGAAAUAUGGAACUUGCGAGAGGAGUACGAAAAGUUGGAAAAUUACGUGAAAAGCAGAGAGCAAUCAGAAAACGAAGAGGAAGAUGAUAAAUUACUGAUUGAUGAAGAGCAUUUAAACGAAGAACUAAAUUCGACGUUAUCUACAGUAAUUGAAGAAUGCGAUCAACUUGAGCAAGAAAAUAAUAACUCUACCGACCAAUCGAAUACUAAUUUGAAAAAACUGAAUAAGGGAGCAGACGACAUUAUCAACAACAACAGUGGUAUUCACCAUGACAACAGUAUCAUGGUGGUCAUCGAAGGGACAGUGGCCGGACCGCAGACUACGUCGGACGUUUGUGGUAAGAUUUCAGACGCCGGUACGCUAAAUGCGACCAACAAUAAUAACAACAACAAUGAAAGCCGUCACGGGCCACCUUCUCCGCCACCUGCUCCGCUGUUAUUGUGCUGUACCACGCCACCGUUUGACACCGAUGAAACGCAACAGCGACAGCAGCAACUGUUGGGAGUCCAUCCGGACGCUGUGGCCACUCCGGCCGCCACCACCGGAAUCGGACCCAUCCAUGCGGCUUGCUUUGACUUUGGCAACCAAAAGCAACUGCAAAAUUUAACGUUUGAAAAACCAGAAACCAUGUUUGCUAUUGUCUUUGCCCUUACUUCGAAAAAUAUGAUUCUAAAGAAUAUCCAGAUCAGGUUUCUAGUUCAGCUAAUAUAUUUCCAUAAUUCAGAAAUAUUUGAAGUCGAUGAAAUUAUAGAAGCCAUCGAUUCUGAUCUCAGAGAAAUUUUGAAAGGUAUUCGAGUAGUGGACGAAAGGUGUUACAUGACUUUUGGAACGGCUCGCUGUAUGGAAAGAGCUCUACACACUACACUAAAUAUAAGAGGUGUACCUGUAUUGUUAAUGGACACCGGUGCGGGUGCCACCAUGUUAUGUCUUUCCGGAGUACCCGAUACUGUGUCUGAUAAAGAAGUCCUAAAAAGUCUAAAAAAAUACGGCACCGUAAUUGGGGGUGUAGAGAGGAAAACCUGUCGAGGGCUGACCGGAAGCGAACGUUAUGUGCGAGUGCGAUUGAUCUUAGGUUCUCCACGGUACUUGUGGUUUGGAUCGAAUAAAGCCAUCGUUAGACAGCUUACUGAACACGAGACGGGAACGAUGAAUAGCAUAGCUCGAAGAAAGUCAUUCAGGUCUCAUAUUAAACUGAACCUGAAAAUGGCAGAUCCAUCAUCGUUAUCCAGUAGUACUCCAAUAACAGACGAAGUAGGCAAAGAAAACGGAACGCCAACGUUUACAACAUUACAAAGUGCGCCGUCCACUCAACAAGCCACAGCUUUCAGGUUUCCAUCAGAUCAGAAAGUUAACUCGGCUGAACCUAGAUCAAUAUCAAGAUCUAGUAUCAAGUCGACGACCGGGGCCUCUAAAAAACUGUCUGUGGGUCAAGAGUCACCGAUUAAAGGACGACGAAGGCCAUCUCUUUUAGGCUUUCGGAGAGAUACGUUGAAGUAUCGGGGAAGCUCAUUGUCCAGAGGUGACGGAGAAGACGCUGAAAGCGAUACAAGCACAAUUUGUCGGAGGAAAUUGAGCAUAACUGGAAGAGAAAAUACGGAAAAAGUACCCUGGUGCGGAUGUUGGGGAAACGGAUGUAUAUAACAACUUUAUUGGCCAUAUGUCCUCUUUAUAUCUUCCUUUUUCUUCUUCUGAACCUCUAUAAAUAAUAUGUUUUUACUUUCGUGUUGUGUAAAUGUCUUCUUUUUGUUACAGAAAUAUAAAUUGGCAAUGUAUUUUAAAAAUAACAUAAUUAUUUCAACAAAAAAAUGUUCAUUCAUAAUUAUUUAUAUCUCAAUAUUGUUGUCAGAAAGCUACACAAAUUAUUUUCUAUUUUCUAAAUUAGUAAAAAUUUAAGAUAUAGAUGUAUAUAUAAUAUGUAUAGAAGAUAUAUAGAGAUGGGUAUAAUUUUAGUCUUAUACAGUAAGCUACUCCUUUGUUUAAUUUAAUAAUUUUAUGUUUAAAAAGAUAAGAUUGUAGCGUAACUAUAGUGAUACAAAAUUGUUCAUGUUAAAUAUAAUUUAAGAUGCAAUCUGUUUUAUAUUAAAAUCGAAAACUCUGUGCCAAAUAUCUUAUUGGUUCAACCAUUUCCAAAUAUUUGUUAUAAAUGUUUUAUUUAGUAUUAAUGUUGUUCUAAUGUAUGUAAUUAAUAUAUUAAUCAUUUUUUUAGCAAUCAACUUAUUUUUUGCUAGAUUUAUAAACUUGUUAAUAUUAAUAUACAUAAUCGUAUAGUAACAGAUAUCGUUACGAUAAAGUCAUUUUUAGCUUCGAUGCGAAGCUGAGAAGGUAUUUAACUUUAAAAUGCUAUAACUUUUUGAAAAAUAUGUAGAUCAUUAUAAUUUUUUUAAGAUAAGUACUAUUUAUAUUCUUCUUUUAUGCGACAUACUUUUUUUUUAAAUUGAUCCAUUUCCCUUAAUACAGGGGUAGUUCAAAUCUUAAAAAUGCAUAUAGAAAGUAAAACUUUAUCAACUUAAUUUUUGGAAGUGUUCCGAAAAUACUGACACUUUUAUAUAAAUCUUAAAUUAA